AUGCCACCCAAGAAGGACACAAAGGGCUCGUCCAAACAGCCCCAGAAAACUCAAAAGAAAAAAGAAGGAGGAUCUGGUGGCAAAGCCAAAAAGAAGAAGUGGUCCAAAGGUAAAGUUCGUGACAAGUUGAACAAUCAAGUUUUGUUCGAUAAGGUAUCAUAUGACAAACUGUUAAAAGAAGUUCCAUCGUACAAACUCAUUACCCCGUCUGUUGUUAGUGAACGUUUGAAGGUUCGUGGAUCGUUGGCAAGAAAAGCUUUAGAGGAGCUCUGCCAAAAAGGUCUUAUCAAGCAAGUAAUACAACACCAUGCCCAAUUAAUAUACACAAGGGUAACUAAGGGAGACGAAUAA